AUGUCCUCCCAGUCACUGCGUGCACAUGUCGGAGAAACAAUUAAUGUGACUUGCCCAGCCCGUGAUUCUGGGCGGGGAACCAGAAAGUUUGUCUGUAAGAAACCGUGUGGUAUCAAUGACUUCACCAUCAUGUCUGAUCAGCCAUCGUAUGGGAGAUACACAGUGGAGACCUCAGGAACAGGAGAGUUCAUUGUGACCAUCAGUAAACUGCAGAAGUCAGAUGCUGGGACGUACCAGUGUGGAGCGGGCGCCUUUACAUAUUAUGACGUGGAUGUCACAGUUGUGGGCGUGGUGAAACCAACAGACACAGAAGAGCUCCUCAACUUUACCUCCAACACCACUGAGGUCAAAGUCUACACUGUUGGACCAAACGCCACUUUAGAAAGCAUCACUCGACUGAAUAAUACUGCCGCUCUCCUGGAUAUCGACAUCAUCAGUAUCGCCAAGAACAACAAGGGACAUGCAUCUGUGGCCUUCAUGACGUAUGACAACAUGUCAGAAAUACUGAAGCCCACCUUCUUCCCCUCAAAGAAAGACACAGUCAACACUAUGAUGUCCACAGUAGUCUCAGCCUCCCUGCCCAAAACCACCAACAAAACACUUACCAAUCCAGUUAACUUCACCCUGAAACACAUCAGAGAGAUGGAUCCUACAGGAACCCUUUACUGUGUCUACUGGGACAAAACUGCAUGGAGCACAAAUGGCUGUGUGAGAAUCAGUGAGGAAAAUUCCAAUGAUACAAUCUGUUCCUGCACACACUUGUCUACCUUUGCUCUCCUCAUGCAAACUGAAAAAUUACCUGAGAGUCAUCGCUUGGAGCUGCUGAGCACCAUUGCUUUUGCAGUAGGACUGACAUUCCUGUUCUUGGCUGUUUUGACCUUCAUCCUGUUUCGUAAGAACUCGAGAGUGAGCAGCGUACUUCGAAUGAACCUCUGCAUCUGUCUGCUGCUAGCACACCUCCUCUUCCUGCUUACUCAACGUUUUCUCUCUAACAUCUCGCCUUCUGCUCAGGGAGCAUGUGCUGUGUUUGCGGGAAUAUUGCACUUCCUUCUUCUCUCUGCAUUUGUGUGGAUGUUCCUUGAGGCCAUAACUCUCUUCAUCUCAGUGAAGAACCUAUCAAAGAUCAAAUCCAGGCGGAGGGAGGUGCUUCACUGGAAAUACCAACUUGUGAUUGGUUAUGUGGUCCCCACUCUUGUGGUUGGUGUAUCUGUGGCUGUUCAGCGUGACGGUUAUGACAGUGAGACGUGCUGGAUUAAGUUGGAGACGAGCUAUGUGUGGAGUUUUUUGGGUCCUGUUUGCUUCAUUCUUGCAAUGAAUUUGAUCCUCUUCAUCACCAUCAUCAUCACUCUUCAGUGUACACUGAUGCACCUGAGCGGUGAUGUCUCGCAGAUCAAAACCAGCAGGACUAUGGUGUUCAAAGCACUGGCCCAGUUUUUUAUACUGGGUUGCCCCUGGAUACUAGGGUUCUCCAUAAAGCAUGGUGAAGGGGUGGAGAUCAUCUUCCUACUCCUCACUUCUCAGCAAGGCACCUUCAUCUUCCUGGUCCACUGUGUCCUCAGUGAAGAGGUAAAGCAGAAUCAAGUCAGAAAGCAGUACAAAAAGUUGUGGUACACCCUCUGCCCUCACCAUGAGACCAAUGAACAGAUGACACAGAAUGUGAGGACUGUCCAGAGUACCAUUUACAGUAAUGACGCUGAUCCUAGUGUUGACCUGGAUAAAAAGGAUUAG